AUGAACAGCCGCUGUGGAGACGCCAUAGACUCUGCCCAGUUUGUGAUCAGGUACAGGUCACUCCUGGAACACCGCCGCAAGUUCUUUGAGGACGUCAACAUCUAUGGAAAUGCUCUCUUGUUUCUCCCAGCCUUUUCCUUUACCAAAAAAACAAAUUUAUGUUUGAGAGCUCUGUACACUCUGGAGGACUUCGGGAGCUCGGGGAAAACUGUUUUUAUGAACCCUGAGUACCUGAAGCGUCUGGACACAUUCUGGCGUUCGAACGGACUGAAUCCUCGUAACCGACUCAGCUCUGGGUUCAUGAUGGUCAGUUUGGCUUUAGAACUCUGCAACAAUGUGGACGUGUACGGUUUCUGGCCCUAUAGUAAUCACCCGUACACUUUAGAAGCGCUGGAUAACCACUAUUACGAUGACGUACUGCCUAGAAAGAAGGUACACGCCAUGCCAGCAGAGUUUGCCGUCCUGCUGAAGCUGCACCCUUUGUUGACUGUUGUUUUUGUGGAAUUAAACUAUAUUAAAGUAGAUUUCAGAUCCAUUUCCUCUAUCUGGGAUGAAAUUCAGGACAACUGUUCUGUGUGCAGGGAAGUACACUCGCCGUCUCAUCAUGCACCAACAGACCAGUUAAGUGAGACAAACCAAACUCAAACGCUCCCUGAUUUAAAAAAAAGCACCAUUGAUACGUGUAAUGGCUGCAGAAAACUCAUCAACAAAGUCCUGGGGAAUUAUUCUCUGAAAUGGACCAAAAGUGAAAAAAAUCACCAGGAACUCAGAUCUCUCCUCAUCAACAACUGUAAUGGUUUUCAAAUGGCCUUCGUAACACAGACCAACAGUCCUCUAGGGACAAAAAUCAUAUAUGAUGGUGAAAAGAGGGUCCACACUGUCGAUAAGGAUCUUUACAACAGUAUUCCAAAAGACAUUCACUUCUCUAAUAAAGUACUGGACACAUGUGCAGUUGUUGGGAAUGGAGGGAUUCUAGUGAACAGCAGCUGUGGAGCCGCCAUAGACUCUGCCCAGUUUGUGAUCAGAUGUAAUCUCCCUCCUUUGGACAAAGGCUUUUGGAAACAUGCUGGCAAAAAGACAAACAUUGUGACGGCAAACCCUACCAUCAUUAAUAAGAAGUACGGGGGUCUACGCCGACGUCGUCGCCAGUUUGUGGAGGACGUCAGUGUGUAUUCUGAGUCGCUGCUCUUCCUUCCAGCCUUUUCCUUUGCGUUCUGCACUGGCUUGAGCAUGUCGGUCUUGUACACACUGGAGGACUUCAAGAGCUCAGUCAGAACAGUUUUCUUUAACCCGGAUUACCUAAAACAAUUGGACACAUUCUGGCGUUCCCAAAAACUCAACCCUCGUGUCAGACUCAGCACGGGGUUCAUGAUGAUAGGGACCAGGCGGGUGUCCCGGAGGGACAGGGGGAGGGACACCCCCCUGGUCCUGGAGGGUCCAGGCUUGGGGGUCUCAGACCGGGACCAGGUCUGGACCAGGACCCUGUCCGGGGGGUUCUUGCUCAUCUAA